AUGGACGACAAGCGACUCAACGACCUCCUACGCUGGAGCAUCGAAAACUCGGAUGCCACCAGAAAUGACCCCUCGGCGCAGCCCCCCGCCGAAGGCGGCACGCAACUCACGCCCGAAGUCAUGGCGGCGCUGAUGGGCGGGCCCUCGGACGCCGACCUCAUGAAGGCCUCCAUGGAGAUCAUCUCGGCGCCCAUCUCCCCGGACGUCUCCCUCGAGGACAAACUCAUCGCCUUCGACAACUUCGAACAGCUCAUCGAGGGCCUCGACAACGCCAACAACAUCGCCAACCUGGGUCUCUGGACCCCGCUGCUCGAGCAGCUGGCCGCCGAGGAGCCUGAGCUGCGCAGGAUGGCGGCUUGGUGCAUUGGAACCGCCGUGCAGAACAACGAGCGCACACAGGAGCGUCUCCUCGCCGUUGGUGGUCUGCCGCACUUGGUUGGUCUGGCGACCAAGGAUACUGAGAAGGAAGACGUCAGGAAAAAGGCCAUCUACGCCCUGAGCUCGGCCUGCCGGAAUUACCAGCCCGCCAUGGAUGCCUGCGCCGACGAGCUGUCAAAGGUGGGCCACGAGACCGGCAAGGUGGACGCCACAAGCAUGGAGGCCGUAGACGAGGUGAUGAACGCCUUGCGCGCAAAGGCCAAGGCUGCCUAG